AUGGUCCCCUCUCAAAACGUUUUGAGUAAUUUGAACAAUACGAAGACAUCCACCUUUGAGGACACAGAGCUCUUAGCCGUCGGCUCGUUUGGAACAGCUGAUGUGCCAUUGGGCUCCAGUGUCCAUGAAGAAGACCCACCUGCCGCGCAUUUCGUUGAGUCCGUGGUAGAGUGUGCUGGGUUGUGUACGGGGUCAGUUAAAGAUCCCAAUCAGUGGAUGGUCGUACAAAAACAGUUGGAUGAUCAUCCUGGAGCCCCCACUCAAACUCGCAAAAGUGAAAGCCGACUUAUCGCAGUUUCUUCUCAAGAAGACGGCUUGUGUCGGUUUUACGGACAGGAGAUUAAUGCAGGACCAAGUGGAUUACACUGUGUCAGUCUUCAGGAAGAGCUACCCGAACCGCAUAGGGUGGAAAAUGUGCUUGCAGAAAGAAUCGCCAAUGAUGUCAUUGAUGGAAGUGCACGCUUGCCCAAGUNCGUGCAUCACACCGGUAUCUUUCCAUCUAUUGAACAGCAAUGCGGGGAUUCCUCUACCCCAUAUGCUCCCAAGUCUGCCGGUAUUAACCAACGGUCCGAAUCGGGAACUGUAAGAUCUUGUCAAGGUGGAGAUGAUUACGCCGACGGAUCGGGGGGACUGCAAAAGCACGCUAAAGCGACGACACAGCAAUCUACACGUUGGGACGAUGGGGACUCUGUGGAACAUCUCUCGACACCACAAACUUGA